AUCUAGCAGUGACCUCACCAAGGUGGGCUGGGCUCUUCUGGCUCUGCUGCUGGCUCGCUGUGUGCCUGGGAGCAUCCUUCUCUUUCCAUCUGCUUCCAUUUCCCCAUCUGUGACCUCCUGGCAGUUGUGAGGCUGCAGUCACUCAUCUUUGAAGUGUUUGGCCUGCCCAGUGUGGUGAUGGUUAUGACAGCGCUAUAUCAGAGCUAGGUAGUAUAAUUAUUGUUGUUUUAUUGUGCUGCUCAGACCAGUAAAAUGGUUGAAAGUGAAAAUGCAUGAAGAGGAGGGAGAGAAGCCAAGCGGAGGAGGGACAGCUGUCCCUGACACACCACACACCCUGACCUCCUGGAUCCUAUUUCUUCAUGUUGGUUCAACAUUAACCCAGGUAGGGCUGGGACUUCUCUUGUCCUGCUCCCUCUUCAUUUCCCCUGCAGCUGAGGCAUAUACCAUGAGGCACAGCAGAGUCAAAGUGCUGGGCAGCCUGCUCCUUUUCUGCCUUCUGCACCUUGUGCUUAGCCAUGACAGGGUUUUCCUUGAGCAGCAGCAAGCGCUUUCCCUGCUCGAGCGUCCGCGACGUGCCAACAAGGGAUUCCUGGAAGAGGUGCUCAAAGGCAACCUGGAACGGGAGUGUCUAGAAGAGACAUGUAGCUACGAGGAGGCCUAUGAAGCCCUUGAGUCCACUGUUUGCACAGAUGAAUUCUGGAGGAAAUACAGGGAAUGUGAAUCCCAGAGGAAGCUCAGGACAGCUCUGGAUGAGUGUCUGGCAGGAAACUGUGUCUCAGGCAGUGGACAGAACUAUCGAGGGACAAUUUCUAUCACCAAGUCGGGGAUUGAAUGUCAGUUCUGGACAAGCAAAUUCCCUCACAGACCUGAGUUUAACAUGACCACCCAUCCGGAUGCCAAUCUCACCAAGAAUUACUGCAGGAACCCAAACAACAACCCAAAUGGCCCCUGGUGCUACACCCGAGACCCAGCAGUGCGAUGGGAAGAGUGUGCUGUUCCAGUGUGUGGUCAAGACAAGACCACAGUUCCAUUUAUUCCCCGGACUCCUCCACUGGACACAACGCAGGAGUCAUGUGAAACGGACAAAGGGCUGUAUUACGAUGGGAAUCUCUCUGUCACCGUCUCUGGGGCCAAGUGUUUCCUGUGGGCCUCAGACAAGGCAAAAGAGCUGUCCCAUGGAACUAUGUUUCUCCCAGAAGUGAAGCUGGUGGAGAAUUAUUGCCGGAAUCCUGAUGGGGAUGAUGAAGGUGUCUGGUGUUAUGUGGAUCAUCCAAAUACUACCUUUGAGUACUGUGACCUGCACUACUGUGCGAGGCCUUUGGAUGAGAUGGAUGACAUAAUAGCAGGGCGGACCAUUACCCAAGAGCACCAAACCUUCUUUGAUGUUAAGACUUUUGGUUCAGGUGAAGCAGAUUGUGGCAUCCGUCCCCUGUUUGAGAAGAAAAAGAUUUCUGAUAAGAGUGAGCAGGAGCUGUUGGCAUCCUACAUUGGGGGCCGGAUUGUAAAGGGGGAAAAUGCAGAAGUUGGCAGUGCCCCCUGGCAGGUGAUGCUUUUCAGGAAGAGUCCACAGGAGUUGCUGUGUGGUGCCAGCCUCAUCAGUGACCGCUGGGUCCUUACUGCUGCCCACUGCCUCUUUUACCCACCCUGGGACAAGAACUUUACCAUAGAUGACAUCUUGGUGCGGAUUGGGAAGCACCACAGAACAAAGUAUGAGAGGGGCAUAGAGAAAAUCGCCCUGCUGGAUAAAAUCAUCAUCCAUCCCAAGUACAACUGGAAAGAGAACCUGGACCGAGACAUUGCACUGAUGCUCCUGAAGAAACCCAUAGACUUCAGUGACCACAUCCACCCUGUGUGCCUGCCCACCAGGGAGCUGGUACAGAGCCUGAUGCUGACAGGAUUCAAAGGGCGGGUAUCUGGAUGGGGAAAUCUGUAUGAGACCUGGAGCUCUGGCACCACUGCACUGCCCUCAGUUCUGCAACAGGUGAACCUCCCCAUAGUCAGCCCGGAUACCUGCAAGGCAUCCACUAACAUCAAACUCACUGACAACAUGUUCUGUGCAGGCUACAGUCCUGAAGACUCCAAGAGAGGGGAUGCUUGUGAGGGGGACAGCGGAGGCCCUUUUGUCAUGAAGAGCCCAGUAGAUAACCGCUGGUAUCAAGUGGGGAUCGUUUCAUGGGGAGAAGGCUGUGAUCGUGAUGAUAAAUACGGAUUUUAUACACAUGUAUUCCGCUUGAAGAAAUGGAUGCUAAAAACCAUCAACAAAUAUGGGCAAUAAAGAAAGCAUCUGUCACAUCUCAACUCUUACAGCUGCUUUAAUUUGUAGCACUAUGAACACUAAGGAACCUGAAGUAAAAUGGCAAUGGUGUCAGAACACCUCUAGCCAAUAAAAUGGUUACAGCAACAAUUGUGCCUGCUUUGUAUGUUGGCAGUGCUGAGAACAGGACUUGGUUCCAUCCAGCUCUAAUCUGUAAUUAGUGCCUCAGCAUCUGAGCACUAAUAAGAACAUAUGUAUUAAACAAGUCAGCUUGCCAGUCUUUGCCCCUGCAGAUAAACAAGUCACAUUACAUCUGCCUAAAACUGGGAUAAUGCCUAAAGUUACAAACCAGGAGACCCUGAUCACAUGCUCCACGUCAGUUGUAGAGCUUCUAGCAACUAGACUGAGCCUACAGAGAAGGAAACACUAAACUUCUACAAAGGGGCAGUUAAAAUGCUACUAUAAAAAAACAAAAACCCUCACCCUCAGCAAAAGGGAGGCAAGGGGUAACUGUCCACCAACUCCAUCCCUGCAAGGAAAGGGUAUCUUAUGAGUGAAAGACAUGGGAAUCCCCCAUAACAAAUACCUACAGUGUUCAUCUUCAAAUAAGCACUUUGCUAGUUAGGUAUCUGUGGUUCCUCUAGCCAAGAGCCCCAUACUGCCCCCUGCCCCCACACAGCCCCAAAAUGGCCUGUUCUCUGACCAUCUUCAUGAGUUGACAAUGUAGUCAGUGUAAACAGUUGGUUGUGCUGGAAGGGAAAGGUUGCAUUUUUGAAAAGGGAUUAGGCAAUAGGUUACUUAAUUUUUCUCAACAGCUGGGAUGUAAUUAAACCCAUCAGAACAAUUGCUGGAUGCUUGACUCCCUUCCCCCCUACUAGGUAAUCUAAAAGUCAUUCCUACAGCAGUAUUGCUCUCCCAGAUUCACUAGUGUGACAAGGCUGAG